GCGAGUUUCGCGUGUGGCCCGUGGCACGCGGACGUCCCAUUCGGUCCUCGUCCCAAGCGGAAGGCCAGGAAAGGCGCCAUGGCUGCGGUGAACAUAGUGGCCCUGACGUUCAUAAUCGUGUACUACUUCGCAGUCAUGAUCGUCGGCGUCUAUGGAGGCCGCAAGGUGCUCCCGAUGCAGAGCCACACGAUCGGCCCGCAUGGGUCCCGCAUAUCCAGGCGGAGGAAUGAAGACGACGACGACUUCCUGGUCAGGGUGUUCGUCGCCAACCGGGAUUUGCCGCUGCUGCUUGGCGUCGCAUCCAUGACCGCAACCUGGGUUGGAGGCGGCUAUCUAAAUGGCACCGCCGAGGCAGUCUACAGGUGGGGCAUCUUAAACUGCCAUGCUCCGAUUGGAUACGCUAUGAGCCUGUUUCUUGGCGGCACUUUCUUCGCGGCCAAGAUGCGGCUGACAGACUCGCUGACGAUGUUGGACCCGUUCCAGAGUCACUACGGCCGCUGGACGGGGCUGAUGUUCUGCGUGCCGGCCGUGCUGGGCGAGAUAUUCUGGACGGCGGCCAUACUGGCGGCUCUGGGCGACACGGCGAGCGUGAUCAUCGGGGUCGACUCCCAAUACUUCAUCAUCAUCUCCGCGUUGGUGAUCUACUUCUACACGUCGCUGGGUGGUCUCUACGCGGUCACGUACACGGACGCCCUCCAGCUCGCCUCCACCGCCUUCCUGCUGUGGCUGUGCGUGCCUUCGGUCAUAUCUCACAAGGCGGUGGGCACUCUCGCUCCCCAGUACACCGACUGGAUCGGCACCGUCGCCAGCGAGGAUGUCAGCCAGCUCAUCGACUUCUUCCUCAUGACGGCGCUCGGAGGAAUCCCGUGGCAGGUCUACUUUCAGCGCGUGCUAGCUUGCCCGACCGUGGCGGAGGCCAAGAUUCUUUCCUUCUUGUCAGCCUUGGGCUGCAUAUUCCUCGCCCUGCCACCCGCCCUCAUCGGAGGUGCCGCCAAGCAUACCAACUUUACGGCGGCGGGCUAUCCGGGAUCGUAUCAGCUGAACGAUGAGGACAGCCCGCGGGUGCUGCCGUUCGCAAUCCUGUACCUGACCUCGGGCAUGACCGCCAUUUUUGGUCUCGUCAGUAUCGCAGCCGCCGUCAUGUCAUCCGCCGACUCCUCCAUGCUGAGCGCCUCAACAAUGAUCACCAGGAACGUCUACCAGAUGCUUCUCCGGCCCACGGCAACGGAGAUGGAGGUGGUGGUCACGCUGCGCAUCAUGAUCUGCGCCCUGGGUUCGCUGUCCGUGUACAUGGCGCUCUCGGUGAACUCCGUGUUCGCCCUGUGGGUCCUGUGCUCGGACAUCGUCUACGUUCUACUCUUUCCGCAGUUACUCUGCGUGUUUUACUUCAAGGAGACCAACGCGUACGGCUCAGUUCUGGCUUUCUUCGUGAGCGGCGUGUUCCGGUGCCUGUGCGGCGAGCCCUCCAUGAACGUGCCCGUGGUGGUGCAACUGCCCCUGUACGACCCGGAAUCCGGCCAGCGGUUCCCGUUCCGCCUGCUGUCCAUGGCGCUCGGCCUGACCACGCUUCUCCUCGGCUCGUACGCGGCCGACGCACUCUUUCGCAGAGGUUUGCUGUCGGACAGCUGCGACGUGUUCUGUUGCUUCAAGACGCCCCCGCCGUCCCAGUCUCGCAGGGCGUCAAUCGUCGCCCCGCCCCCGGCGUCCCAGUCUCGCAGGGCGUCAGUCGUCCCCCCGCCCCCGGCGUCCCAGUCUCGCAGGGCGUCAAUCGCCCCGCCCGACCGGGCCGCCGAUGCGGCGAACGAACGAGAGGCCACCACCUCGGGGAUUUCCAAGUACAACCGGAGGGCGUCGGUUGGCGCUGCGCCUGCCGUCGAAGCUCAGGACAGCGUAAACGUGGGGAAAUCCUCGUUGGUCGGGGGCCUGAGGCGUUCCUCGUUGUCGCAGGCCGGUUGGGCGAACCAGUCGACUGGCGUGGCGGAGAAGACUCUCACCGAGGGCGCCACCACCGAGCCGAGGACGUCGCGCAGGAGGUCCAAGUCUGGCCGCCGCUAAAGGCGGCGGGAAGUAGACGCGCAAGAAGUCCGUCUCUAACGGAUCGGACUGACUGCAGCGCUUCGGAAGCACGCGAGAUUGUGGACCAGCGCCCCACUGACCGCAAGGGGGCCUUUAGUUUACUAUUUCUUUCUAUUUAAUUUUUUUUACGCUCUGCUUUUCGUUCGUACGCAAAUUUUUUUUCUGCAGCUCUUGUUUUAUGAUACCUCCACCUAUUUCUCCGUGUGAGCGUGUGCGUUUAACGUGUCUAAAGAUAUAUUUCGCAACUAUUCGACAAAUACUGGUCAGGCAUCCAUAGAUGUUCCCAUGAGCACAGGUACUACGUGGUGAAAGGCCGUAAAGAUAUAGAACUGCAGAUGAGCUCUUGACACAACUUGCUCUGCGCGCUGCUUGGCCGCUGUGGUGACAUAAGUGCCGUGUUUCGAAGAAGUUGUGUCAUUAUUUGUUCACACUCAUGCUUCCUUUGUAAUUUUUUAUACCUGUGCUGUAGCUUCGCCUGUGUGUCUUUGCUUCACUUCAAUAUGUCUGUGCUCUGUGUUGGGAACUAAACGAGACUACAGAAG